AUGAGAGAGAGAUACUUAAAAGCAGUGUUGAGACAAGAUGUGGGUUACUUUGAUCUUCAUGUCACAAGCACUUCUGAUGUUAUUACAAGUGUUUCUAGUGACAGCCUUGUCAUCCAAGACGUCCUCAGUGAAAAGUUACCGAACUUUAUGAUGAACGCAUCUGCGUUUGUCGCAAGCUAUACAGUGGCUUUCAUCAUGCUAUGGAGACUCACAAUCGUUGGCUUCCCGUUCGUCGUUCUCCUCUUGAUCCCUGGCCUGAUGUAUGGACGUGCUCUCAUCAGCAUCUCGAGGAAAAUACGUGAAGAGUACAAUGAAGCUGGUUCUAUAGCCGAGCAAGCCAUCUCGUUGGUGCGAACCGUCUAUGCAUUUGGUAGUGAGACGAAGUUGAUAGCUAAAUUCUCACUUGCGCUUCAAGGCUCGGUGAAGCUAGGGCUGAGACAAGGGCUAGUUAAAGGUAUCUCUAUUGGGAGCAAUGGUAUUAUUUACGCCAUUUGGGCGUUCAUGACAUGGUAUGGAAGUCGGAUGGUUAUGUACCAUGGUGCCAAAGGUGGUACCAUCUUUGCAGUCAUCAUUUGCCUUACCUUUGGCGGCACAUCACUUGGUCGAGGUUUGUCGAAUCUCAAAGACUUUUCAGAGGCGGUUGUAGCAGGGGAAAGGAUCAUGGAAGUGAUAGAAAGAGUUCCAGAUAUUGACUCAGACAACCUUGAAGGUCAAACUCUAGAGAAAAUUAAAGGAGAAGUUGAAUUUAAGCAUGUGAAGUUCAUGUACCCCUCUAGACUAGAAACUCCAAUCUUUGAUGACUUCUGUUUGAGAGUUCCGUCAGGAAAAACUGUUGCUCUGGUUGGUGGAAGCGGGUCAGGAAAAUCAACCGUGUUGGCCCUAUUGCAGAGGUUUUACGACCCGGUGGCAGGAGAGAUUCUUCUUGAUGGUGUGUCCAUUAACAAGCUGCAAGUUAAUUGGUUGAGAUUGCAGAUGGGUUUAGUCAGCCAAGAGCCGGCUCUCUUCGCCACAUCAAUAGAGGAGAACAUCUUAUUUGGUAAAGAGGAUGCAUCCAUGGAUGAGGUGGUGCAAGCUGCAAAAGCCUCAAAUGCUCAUACCUUCAUCUCUCAGUUCCCUCAAGGAUACAAAACUCAGGUUCUUAUUUUGUUGGACCGUUCCACGACCAUUGAGCCGGAGAGUCCAAACGGAUACGUAACGGAGAAAAUAAAGGGCCAGAUAAGUUUUGUUAACGUGGACUUUGCUUAUCUUACACGACCAAACGUGGUUAUAUUCAAGAACUUGUCUAUUGAGAUAGAGGAAGGUAAGUCAACAGCUAUUGUCGGUCCAAGUGGUUCAGGUAAGUCAACGAUCAUUAGCUUGAUCGAACGGUUCUACGACCCGUUAAAGGGUUCUGUAAAAAUCGACGGUCGUGAUCUAAAGUCGUAUCAUUUGAGAUCAUUACGUAAACACAUAGCUUUGGUUAGCCAAGAGCCAGCUUUAUUCGCCGGGACCAUCAGAGAGAACAUAAUGUACGGUGGAUCGUCUGAGAAUAUCGACGAGUCGGAGAUUAUAGAGGCGGCGAAAAUAGCGAACGCUCAUGAUUUUAUUACAUCGCUAACAAACGGUUAUGACACGAACUGUGGAGACAGAGGUGUAUUGUUGUCGGGUGGGCAGAAACAGAGGAUUGCUAUAGCGCGUGCGGUUUUGAAGAACCCGUCAGUGCUCCUACUCGAUGAAGCGACGAGCGCUUUGGAUAGUCAGUCAGAGCGCGUGGUGCAAGACGCGCUGGAGCGAGUGAUGGUUGGUAGGACGAGUGUGGUGAUCGCUCAUAGGCUUAGUACGAUACAAAACUGCGACGUCAUCGCGGUUUUGGAUAAAGGGAAAGUAGUUGAAUGUGGGAACCACUCGUCGUUGCUGGCAAAGGGUCCCACGGGUGCUUAUUUCUCAUUGGUGAGUCUCCAAAGAAAUCUUUGUUGA